UUAUAUAUGCUAAUAUUCCUACAGAUAACGAGCCGCGACGUCCUGCAUGGCGCUACUUCCGCAGCAGCCGUGCCGCCACAUUUCAAAAUAAAAGUUCCUGAACGCCUCAGAAAUAAACAGCUGGGCGGUUCGGGCUGGGCUCGGUGUAAGUUCGGUGUGGCCUUCCUGUCCACACAUGACACAAGGACGGAGUGGACACACAGCCAGGGUUGGAAAGCAUUUCCGUCCUGGAAUCUCAAGAGGCAUUUCCCACCGAUAGAGAGCAAAGGAGACCAAGGUUAUUGUGCAGUGCCUGAAGUUGAAUGCUGGAGACAAGCCGAUAUAAUGGCACUUUGGCCUUAUCUGCGUGGCAGACAGCUGCAGCCCAAGCAGACCCACAUAUUACAAAUCCCCUCCAAGCCUGUAAGCUUCAGGUUGGUUUCUGAAUGCUCAGUGAAGAGCCCUCUUUGCUCCAGCCCAGCCCAUCCCUGUCACACUCCGCAGGCCAGCAGGGGGCGAUGUGUGACUGCAGGGAAUCAUUUGGUUUGCUCUGAGUCACGAAUGCCAGCCUUUUACUGGGGCAGCAGAAUUAAUUUUGCAUUUGCUACUCACAGCAAGAGGCUUUACACAGGCAUUUUCUCCAUGUGUGAGUUUUCAUGUGUUUAUUUGCUUGUUUGAAGGAAAGACGUCUUCCAGUGCAUUUCAGCCAGAGAGUAAACACGAGAGCCGGGCCGGUCAGUACUGGAGUAUCGAUGUUUCCUUUCCUGAUGUUUUGAUUAUAAAAAUCUUCAAUUGAAUAAUCAAUACAGAGGGUUUGCUUUGAUCAGUUUGUUUUAAUGAAGCUGAAUGUGAUGCUGAAAAGCGACUGAAACGUUUGUGGAGUCGGUGUUGCAGUAAUAGGACGAUGAAAAGGCACAGACCGGCUUAUUUUAGGUGGUUUAUUUAAGCCUAAUGGAAAAACUUUCAAAUGUGUUUGUGUUGAUUUCUACAUUUACUUGUAUUGAACCCCGUUAUGUUCAGAGGAGAGAAUGUCAGUAGCGGUACUGCUAUCAGAUACUAGCUUUCCUUUUACGUGGUGUCAGAUUAAAACGUACAAGUGUGAAAAAGUCUGAACACCCCCAGGUGGCAUGAUUUCUACUCCCUCUACAAACGUAUAUGACAUUUUCUGCUAAUUCUAGUGCAUAUUUUCAAUUUAUUUGCUGAGUUGCUGAACGAAACAUAUUGGGGGGAAACAACAAAACAUCAAAUACUAA